UCUGUCCUGGCUGGUACCUUUCGCGAGGAUGAAAGCCCAGCUUCCCAGCCUGGGGGUGCAGUAGGCGGUGACCCCCAAGAUAAGAGGGAGCCCUCAACUUGUAGGCAGCGGUGUGUGUGAGGGGUGGGGGGGUUUCUCUUUCGGGAGAUCUCCAAACUCCUGCGCUCGGGACCUUCUUCGCCUCUGGACCGGCAGAGGAGGCGCCCCGGCGGCUGCAGCCCAGCCGAGCCCCGGCGGUGUCUCCCUCUCUCCCUGAGCCCCGGAGCCAUGCCGUCGCCUCCGCCGCUGCCCUGCCGGGGCUGGACGCUGGCGCUGCUCACGCUGCUGGUGGGGAUCCUCAUCUUCGCGGACAUCUCCGAGAUCGAGCUGGAAAUCGGGAAUUCUGGAAGCAGGGGUGCAAUCAGAUCGGCACUGAGCAGCUUACAUGGCAAACCUAAUAGAGCCGAAGUGUUAAUAAAUGGCUCCUUAUCUCCAGCUGUUGUUGACAGAAGCAAUGAAAGUAUUAAGCACCAUCCAGCUCCAUCCAAAUGGCAACACAACCAGACACUCUCUUUGAAGAUCAGAAAGCACAUCUUGAAGUUUCUGGAUGCUGAAAAAGACAUCUCAGUGCUCAAGGGAACUCUCAAGCCUGGGGAUAUUAUCCACUAUGUGUUUGACAGAGACAGCACAAUGAACGUUUCCCAAAACCUCUACGCCCUCCUGCCCAGGACUUCACCACUGAAAGGCAAACACUUCCAUACAUGUGCCAUUGUGGGCAACUCGGGUAUCCUGUUGAACAGCAGCUGUGGAGAGGAAAUAGAUGCUCACAACUUUGUGAUAAGGUGCAACCUUGCCCCUGUCCAAGAGUACACCCGGGACGUGGGGAACAAGACAGAUCUGGUGACCAUGAACCCUUCGGUCAUUCAGCGUGCUUUUGAGGACCUGGUGAAUGACACCUGGCGGGAGAAGCUGCUCCAGCGCCUGCACAGCCUCAAUGGCAGCAUCCUCUGGAUCCCAGCCUUCAUGGCCAAAGGAGGCAAGGAGCGCGUGGAGUGGGUCAACGAGCUCAUCCUCAAGCACCGCAUCAACGUCCGCACCGCCUACCCAUCCUUGCGGCUGCUGCACGCCGUCCGAGGGUAUUGGCUGACAAACAAGGUAUACAUAAAACGCCCAACCACCGGACUGCUCAUGUACACCCUGGCCACUCGCUUCUGCAACCGGAUCCAUCUCUACGGCUUCUGGCCCUUUCCUCGCGAUCAAGACCAGAACCCCGUGAAGUACCACUACUAUGACACUCUGAGAUACGGCUACACGUCCCAGGCCAGCCCUCACACCAUGCCUUUGGAGUUCAAAGCCCUGAAGGCGCUGCACCAGCAAGGAGCCUUGAAACUCACUGUGGGGGAGUGCGAGGGGGCCACGUAGGGCGGGGUUUCUGGGGGACCCACUUUCCUAGAGGCUAUGCCCCGUGGGAGGAAGGGGGAGGGGGAGGCACAGAUGAGCAGGAAGUGCUGACGGUGGUGGUGGCAGUAGUGGGAUUGGUUUUCUUUGUUAACGUCCAGAAUGGGGGAUGCAUGAGACCUGUAUCUUGGGCACAGGUUGUGCUCUACCUCUGAUGGUGUUGCUGUUUGGUGUUCGCGGGUGGAACGUGAGGAACAGGACUGGUGAGAGAAGCGGCCCCCAGGCAGGGGAGAGUGGCUGGGUGCAGAAGGGGGGUUGGUACUUAAUGGCAGCCUCCCCCCACCCCACAAAAAAAAACCAAGCUUGGGAAGUCACUGUGGUUUGUGUGGGUACUUUAGCGUGACAACUAAAUGUUAGGCCAAGUGUUGUGAGUUGGUAGGUAGGGCCUGUUUGGCCAAGAAGCCAGACUUCUGGCUCUCAUGUCGUGUUCUUGGCUUAGUG